CAGCAUUAGGUGAGAAACUGCGUUGCAUCUCCAUAGAAACGUGGAGAAAGUUGGCUAUGCAAGUGUCAAAAUGGUAAACGAUUCAAUUAUCAAAGCGUUAAAGACGAAAUCAAAGUCACUUAAUUUGAGUUGUAGGAAAAUUACACAUCUUCCAGAAGUUUUUGCGAGGCUAACAUGGAUUGUUGUAUUAAAGUUGAAUAAUAACUACCUGUCGAGUCUGCCGGCUGAACUGAUGUGUCUGCAAAAGUUGACAGAGCUCAAUCUGGGAAAUAAUGUUCUUGAGGAGAUCCCACCCGUGUUAAAACACUUCAGUUGCCUAAAUAAACUGUAUUUAUAUGGAAACAGAAUCAGGCUUUUGUCACCAGAGGUGUUGGAGGGUCUACCAAACCUUCAGCUUCUCAAUUUGAACCACAAUAAAAUCAAAGUCAUUCCUGCAGAAAUACAACGGCUGUGUAGUCUAAAAAGCAUUAGUGUCACAGACAAUCUUUUGCAGCAGAUUCCAGCUGAACUGGGCUUGAUGAAGUGUUUGACUGAGAUUAACUUCACUAAUAAUGAACUGACUCAAAUACCACAGCAGUUAUACAAUUUACCACAGCUGAGGAAAUUGGAUUUGGCCCGAAACAACCUGACAGAACUACCAGAGGGCGCCCUUGGAUGGAAAAAUCUGAAGAUCUUGGAUGUUGCAGGAAAUCGUUUAUCUGUGUUUCCAGUUGGUUUUCAGUUUCUCACAUUGGAGGAACUAUUCUUUGAAGGAAACAGUAUAGAUCCAUUCACACUGAUGGAGUCUGUUCAAGAGAAAGAAGUCCUCACCUUAAAAGAGCUCUCAGCCAGGCUGAUCCUCCAGCAGAGCACUAAUAAGUUGUCAGUGGUGUCCAGAGCUCUGCCAGCAUACCCAGAGCUGCAGGACAUGCUGUCUCACUGGGGCCAGUGUGCUCUGUGCUCACAGCCCUUCCUCACAACCUGGCUGGAGUGUGUGCAGUUCAUCAACACCAGGAAGGUAUCAGCUCAUUCUGCAGAACACCAGUGUUCACCAUUCAGUGUCUGUGGCAGUCAGUGCACAGAAGAAGUGCCGUUGCUGAAAAUCGGCAGGACAUGCUUCACUCAGGAUGUUUGAUGACAUUUUAAUAGUUUGACAACCUGACACUUGCAUAAUAGCUGUUUAAUAUGCCUCAGGCACACAGACAGCAUUUGUUAAGUGAAUCAACAAAGAUUAACAGAGUCACAAUUUAACUUAUGCUCCUGAUUAGUAAAUAUUAGCCAAAACAACAGUGCCAAUGUGUUACUACUUUUUUUCCUGUAUGUUCCACAUUGCAUGUAAACAAAAGUAGAAGAGAAUAUUAGACUAUCUUUUCAGAGUAACCAGAGUCUGUUCUUUUGUCUUUGAACAGCAGAUGGGGAUGAAAAGCUCUCAGUCUGUUCCAGUCAGAGUUCUGCUGUGUUCCUACGACUGCUUCAACAGAGAUGAGCACCAGUGUUAUGGGCUUGUACGAUUAUAAAUAAAAAAAUGCAUC